UAUGAUUUAAUGGAAAUAGAUAACAAAAAAGAUAGUGAACCAAGUGAUUCAGAAUAUGAUACUGCUGAAGAAGAACCAGAUAUUCAUUUCGAAAAAAUUAUAGAUUUCUAUAUUAAUAGAAUAACAAAAGCUGAAAAAUUAAAUGAAGGCAAAGUAUGUGAUUACUAUGCAUUCAUACCAAAAGGAUACUAUGCUGAAAAUGAGCCUUUAGGUUUCUUUGAAUCAAUCGAAGAAAAGAUUGUUAAUGUUUACAAAAGAGAGUUAGCUUUAAAGGGUGGAUUAAAGAUAAGAAUUGUGUUUAAUGCAUAUAUGAAGAAAAUUAAACUGGAAAUACCAAAACCUAUAUAUAAAACUUUUCCAUUCAAGCAUGAAACUAUAGAAAUAAUUAGAGAAGAUCAAAUCAAUGCAACUAUUGAAAAAGAUAUAAUGAAAUUAAAGACCAGAUUGAGGAUGAAGCAAUACAAGAAUCAGGAUAGUCAUUUGUUUGAGCAGAAGAAUGCAUAUUACACAAAAGAGAAAGCAAUAAAAGCUAAUAAAAAGCUACCACAUCUUAAUGAAAUCCGGAGACUUAGACAAAAUGCAAAUAUAGCAAAUUUUGAAGGUAUAAAAUUUCCAGCAACACUCCAUGAUAUAGAUAAAUUCAAAGAAAGCAAUCCUAAUUAUGCUAUUAAUAUAUUUAAACCAUUUUAUAGAGAAGCUUUUAGAAAAAUAAAAGUAGAUAUAGAUCCAUUACAUAUUUCAGAACAUAAUUAUCAAGUAGAGCAUAUGAUAGUUUUAUUAUAUUUAAUAGAAGGUGAAGAGAGUUUAAAUGAUCGAAAAAAUCAAAAUGAUAUACCAGAAGGCUUAAAAACACAUUAU